AUGUCCACCGAACGGAACCUUUACUGUGUGCUUCUUGUCUGUGUCGUAGUUGAAUUCGUCUACGGAUUACGAGUCAACAUGACGAUGUUUUCCAACUGCCAAGAUGUAAAGCUACCGUACGACGAAAUGCCCAUAUCGUUGGAAACGGUACGAUUCGAUCGCGAUGCCGAGGGCGUCUGUGAUACGCUCCACGCGGAAUAUGAAGUCCGGCAAUCGUCGGACGAAAUCGCGUGGGAGCUGAUCAUUACCACGUACCAGUGCGAGCAACAAACUUCCGUAAUUUGUCUCGACAACCCGAAGGAAUACAUCGAACCGAUGCACUGUGAUCGUUUCCAUACGGACGACAAUGGACCAUGGUUUUUCAUCGCCAACUCCAUGACCAACGGUGACCGCUGUGGAAGAUUAACCGGUCGAUACAAUCUGGAUGCCGCCGUACUUAAGAUCAAGUAUUUGGAGCAAUACAUCGCGAUGGGCAAGGGCACUUAUCGCAUUCGGAUGUUGUUCCACAUUCCUGGCACGAACCUGGAUACGCUGAACGUGCGUGGAUGCUGCGAGAUGGAUUUUGACGUGAUCGAUUAA